GUUCUACUAUGGAAAAGUCUUGAAUUUAUAUCAUAAUACUGGUAGUAUUCUUAAAUACCUUGGAUCAACCACAUGUCAUGUAUGGUCAUCCCACUGCGCUUCACGGCCAAAGAUGGUGGGAUCCCAGGAAUACCCCGAUUGCGGUCCCUCCACCUCGGGGAAGUAGCCAGCCCCACAGCCAGAGAAAGAAACCCGCGGCUGCAUGGCAUAGAAUGCAUCAAACUCCUCCGACAUGGCAUCCUGCAGACUGGACACCUGACCUUGCGGGUGCAGCACUUCCCAGGGCUUGGUGCAAGACCUUCCGCUGCAUGUCUUUAGCACAAGAAGCAAUGCGUCAAGCCGAUGGGAUAGCCUGUUUAUGUCCCAGCUCCCAACUCUUUUGCACUUGUUGUUCCUACACCCAAGGUCACUGUCAUCCUGCGCAAGGCAACAAGUCGGACUGGGACAGGAUCCCUCUCCUGAGGAAAGGCAUAUUGACCAAGAACGACAUCUGCGAAUACCUCGACUUCUACUUUGAGACGCUCUGGAGAGUGCGGCCCGUCAUUCAUCCAUUCUUUGCGGACCAAGCAGAUAUCACCAGCUUGCAGCAGACGAGCCUCUUCUCUUAGCCUGCCUCGUUGCCAUUGCGUCGCGUUAUCAUAUCCUGGCGGGCCCCCAUGGCGCAAUUAAAUCGGAGCGAAUUCACUGGCAGGCUUGGCCUUUGGUCCAGAAGGAUUUGCAAUCAGCCCUUUGGGGCUCUUCCUGUACCAGAUCUCCCGGAGCCAUUGCUGCCAUGCUUCUCUUGAUUGAAUGGCAUCCCAAGUCUAUAAACAAUCCUCUCAGCUUCAGUGGCGUGGACGACACAGACGC